AUGCGGGAUCCAUUUAGAAAAAUGAAAACGCCUUUCCAUUACUUUUUACUGAGCUUAUCCGGGACAGAUUUACUCGUGGGAUUAUUACUGGACCCCACCAAGAUAGUUGUCCACAUUAGAGAAGCACGUGGCACGAUAAAUGACGCUGAUAUCUUACAGACUUCUCAUAUGGUCCAUAUGCUUUAUUUUAUUCUGGGUACGGCAUCAGUCUUAACGCUGGCAGCACUAGCGGCGGACCGGUAUGUCUCGGUAACAUCGCCAGUCAAAUACAGUACAAAGAUUACGUCUAAACGCGCCAUUGUAACUUCGGUGGUCAUUUGGGUUGUGUCGCUGGGUUUUUCUCUUUUAUACUUCAAACUCGGUUUCUUUUUGUACUCUUUCAUUUUUGCCAACACUGCUGUUUUCAGCACUUUUUUCAUUCUCCUAUUUGUUCACAGAAGUAUUCUCGGACGCUUGCGUGAGCGCUCGAAAUUUUGGCAAGAUCAGAGAGCUGUUGAAAACACAAUGUGUGAAAAACUACAAUCCGCAAAGAAGAUAAAGAACAUAAAGAAAGAAAGAAAAGUAGCCAAGACGUUAUCGAUUGUUCUUCUUACUUUUCUCGUAUCCUUUGUACCUGCCUGUGUGAUAAUUUACCUGCUUAAUUUCUGUUUAAGCUGUAAUUGUCUGCUGGUACAUUGGUUAAGGGAUAUUCAGAAAUUAACCAUAUCCUUAAAUUCUGCUGUCAACCCAUAUUUGUACGCCUGGCGGCUUCCACAGUUCAAAAAAGCUUUUUUGAAACUCCUACACCUACAAAGGGCUCAAGCGCAGGUAAAUCCUGCACUGGUCUCUUCAGUUGGACAACCGGAUAACACUAAUCAAAUGCAACUUUCUUUAGUUUGUAACCAAGACCUCAGCUAGAAUCCAGUUCAGUCCUUUAUUUUUAUCCGGGUUGGUUAUGCCAUUUUAAAGGGCUUUUCGUACCUGUUUGGCGCGAAACUCACGUACCGGUCGAAAAUUCUACCGGUGACGUCAUUACAAUUGACCAAUAGGAUAGUGAGUGAUAUUUCACGCUGUUCCCGACGCAGCAUAUGUCAAUCAUUUCUUACCCGCGUGAAUUUAUAUUAUUCAAAUCCAUUGAGAUCAGGCAAAACAAGUCGACUUCGUGGGCUUCGUCGCUCGCUCGGUCGCUGCGCAAUCUCAUGCAUUGAAGCUCGCUUCGCUCACCUUUAAGAACUUAUAAGAGGUCGACUUGUAGCAAGUCUAGCCUUGGAUAUCAGUCAAUUCCCGUUAAUACGAACACUGGGUAUAGGCCAUAGAAAGUGUCAGUAUUAACGGGAUGUCCCGCGAGUUGAAAUUGGAGAAAAUGUAAGGAACUUUAUUUCCCAAGAGACAAAGCAUGAAGUAUCCGCAUUGAGCGGCUCUUCGUAAAGCGGGGCGCUUUGACUGUAUUUAGAAAUGUAUUUUUUGCCUUAUUCUAGAAAAUUGCUAUUCUAACAGGACGAAAACAUUGGCCACUAAAUAGGGUGCAGACCUCUUACAAAAGGGAAAUAGGCACCCUCGUCCGACUCUUUGUCCUUUUGAGACUCGAUAUUAUGAUUUAACAUUACAAGUUUUAAUUUCAAUUGUACAAUACAGUUUUUCUAGAUAAGUCUUUAGCUAGUUGUGAAUAACUGGUUUUGGUUUUCAGUUGCAAUUACCUGACAGGGAAAAAAGCGAGGCACGGAGACGAUAUCGUAGAACGUACGAAAUGAGUUUAAUCAACAGACCUGGAUCUUCUGUAUCAAGCAAUACUUGAGGCAGGUUCUGUGCAUUAUUUUUACAGCUAAGUGUAAUAUGUUCAUCUAUAAGUGUACUCAGGAUAAAAUUCCUUCAUAGGAAGUGCGUAGUGUAAUUAGCAUACAUUUAUUAUCAUGUAGAUUAAGUCAAAAUGAACCUUACAAUAUUCAGUAAAUUUUGUGCUGUUAUGGUAGUACUAGCUACUGUAGUUGGAAAAAGUUUUUAUCUAAAUGAUGGUUUGGCGAAUUUGAAUUUCAACCGUGCGAGGUUGUUACUGAUCUGUGACGUUUAUAACUAAAGGUAAUAAAUCAGUUAAAAGUGUGAGGAAAAGAAAGCAGUGCACCAGACAUUUUCUUUGGACCGGGGUCUGAUUCUUACCUCCUACAUGUACACCAUGCCAGCUCUUGUUGUCUUGUCAAACACUGUUUCCAAACAGAAAACUCUCAAGACAAGCUAGCCUGAGAAAACAGCCGACAUUUGGCGGCGCUACCACUGGUUUCCCUGCCAAAUGACGUCUGAGAAACGAGCGCAUAAAUUCCAUACUGAUGACGCGUCACUAGCCAGAUCUACCCACAUCUGGGUAUUGCUUCUGAUUGGUCAUGCCGCGUGGGAAAUUUUCUUUCGGUCGUACAAUCUCCAUUCGACAAUUGCCAUUCGCCGUUUUCUCCGACAACCUUUUUUGAAAUAGGUGUAUACUUGUGUAUAACAGAAUGGUAUUACCAGAAAUUCCCAACGGACAUGCGCAAUGGGAAAUAGGACUUUUCAAAGCUUUACAUUACAGAGAAACGACUGAGAACUGAAAUAAAAUCGACAAAAACUAUACUUAAAUUAUGUGUAUCAGCCGGUAUUCAUGCCACAUUAUUAGCCCUGUUGUUCACAAACAAUGUCCUGUUAAAGUUACAGAAGUAUUCCACCUAUCUCUCGUCAGAAUUGGUGGUAAACAAUCAUAUCGAUAAAAUUUGUGAAGUUGUCUACUUCAAGGUCUAAAUACAUUUACCAUCAGCCGAUUUGAAUAAGAUGUUGCUUUCACUGCUCGUCUGGAAAAUCGAUGAAAAAUCGAAUCAAUAAACAGCUGAGGUCGGUAGGUGAGAUAAUCCUGUCCUUUGUUAGAAUAGGAUCAGAUGUAACAGUGGCUAGGGUGACUGGUGGGACACCAACUUUGUCUAAUAAGCAGUUUUGGGAGAGAAACUAUCCUAAAACACUGAGCAUCUCCAAAGCGCUAAAACGUCUAUAGAGUACUGGCCGAUCAUCAAGUUAGUGUAGUUCUGGUCGUGUUUCUAACUCUCUCUAAUCUUCAUAAUACUCUCAUUGGUAGAAUCCAGACAAACCUUGCAAUCAUUUAGGAGGCUAAUUUUUUCAUGAGGUUCAACUAGUAACGGUACCGAGAAAAGGGAGCGAAGUUCAACUUUAAAGCGCAACCUUUCAUACAUUGACUCUGUAUUUUCAUUUACGCGCGUAAAAAUUAUGCGACAGCGGUAAUCCACUCAAACACAGCUGUUGUAACCUUUUUAUCAUCGGUAGGCUUGUCGAGUAUUGUUCAUAGUGACACAAUUAAUAUUCAUUAAAUUCUUCACCUUCGAGGUUUACACAGUGGUGGCGUCAAUGACAUUUCUGACCUAUUAAGCUGACAAAUUUUAAUUACGUAAUUGUCUAAAGCAGGGUGACGGUUGUAUCUUGGUGUAGCAGAAAUUAUUGUUGAUUCUCUUCCCGGGGGGGGGGGGUACUUCCUUGCAUUUGCCUUACAGGUAUGUGCCGCCCCAAAGCGUCUGGUUUAUGCGCCGUUUUGGUGUGAAAACGGGUAUAGACUUUACCUAUUUUGGUCUGAGUUCGGUUAUGGUUUUUCGGGAAAUACGGGAGUGCAUGAACGUGUUUGUUGUUUCAAUUUCAAAUGAAUAAGAAGGAAAGAGUAAUAUGCGAAUUCUAAAUGGAUUUUUAUAAAUCGUUUUGUUGCGUUCUAAUCUAGGUAAUGAUAACAUAAUUUUUCUCCUUACGCCAGUUCUGAAAACGGGUGUGGAAAUUGAACGGACAAUUUUUUGGUCUGAAACAGGGUGAGGAUUUGGAGAACCGGGCGGAACACCCCCACCACAAGUUCCCAGGAAUACCCCCCGGGUUCGCUUUCGUGUUGCCUUGGAGGCGUCGGUAUACUAAUAAUAAUAAUAAUAAUAAUAACAAUUUAUUUAUAUAACAUUUAUUCCUUAGGAGUCCACAAGCGUUUCACAUUAAUAACAAUUAACAAUUGCCUUAAAAAAAAUAAAAUAUAACUUAAAUGAAAUCUCGAAAUCUUGGGACCAAUCUCUAACAUACGUUCUUAAAAUGUUUGUCUUCAACAAUAAGCCUUUUUGAAAAGAAACGUUUUCAGGGCUUUCUUAAAACUACUUACAGAAUCGCAGACUCUUAGUAUAGCUCCCGUGGAAGGACAUUGCAAGCACAUGUAGAAAAUAUCCUGAACCCGUACGAUUUUAAAUUAUAAGAGUUGUGUCUUCGAAGCUGCAUGUUUCCAGAUAUCUUUGGCUACGGCAAGGUCUAUGAAGGUCUAACAGAUCCUGGAGAUAAACAGGUGCAAUGCCAUUCAUCACUUUAUACGUAAAUAACAAGAUCUUUUAAAAAUCUACGCGCUGCUCAACUGGCAACUAAUGAAGCUCCAUUAGUACCGGGCGAUAUGUGAUCAUGCUUCCUCGACAAUGUAACUAGCCUAGCUGCAGAGUGUAACACGUAGGAGAAUUUUCAUCGAUAUGCUGCACCUCUAUGGCACACGCGGGGAAUACUAAGAUAUGGGCGAAAAUAAUUUCCGCGUAUGCGAAGAAGUGCAGCAUAACGGGGUUUUCGUCGCUGAGGGGAGGAGGGGGGGCAAAAAACGCAAGUAUAUAUGCCCUCUCGGGGCAUGAACGCAUAGAAAAGCCAUAUGAUCAGUGAUCCUGAUGUUGACAAUAUAUGUUGCUCAAUACCCAGGGGUAAUGCAAGGGUCCCAGGAGGGAAAACGUGCUAAAUUAUGGGGCCCGCGUGCCCAUUUCGGAGCAAACAUAUCAAUGAAAAUAGUAUCGUGUAUUUUCAGUCUUUUGUAUUAUAUAUGUCAUUUGGUGCUAGCACCUGCUCGCAACACUAAGAAACAAGAAAACAAUGAAACGGCCUGCCGAGAGAACAGGCAAGUAUGUAGUUUUCAUUUUAUAUAUGUCUGGUUCCGGAUGAAGCAGAGCUUCGAGUGUGAAGAUUGUCAUUGGCUAAAAUGUCACCCCGAACAGGGCAGUAGAUAAUUAAGGAAAGAAACUCGGAAUAAAUUACUGAUCCUCACCUCGGCCGCUGGCAGGUGUGACCUGAUUGUUUAACUGAAAUACGUCUCCGUUUAAUUUGGGUUUUAUGAAUUCGUGUGCCUUUGACAUUAAAGAACAAUUCUGCUUUAGUCUGAAGAUUUACUCUCAUUGGAAUAAGCUGAGGUAAGGACCUACUUGUACGUGUUAGCUGGUAUAUAAGAUUGGGAUGCGGGUGUUAAACUUAAACAUUUCUUAGCCCCAUAGAAAAGGAAACAUUGACAGCUAAACGAAACAAUGGGAAAUUACUACUAACUUUUCAAACUCCAUGGCAUUGAUAUGUGCCUGAAAGUAUUCCCACGAUCUAGUAAAAAACGAUCCAUGGUCGUUAUUUAUAGAUACGGUUGUAUAAGCAAGGCAAUGUACGUUUUAAUAAGGGGGGGGAGGGUUGGGGCUUCAGAGAGGAAGGUCAUCCAAACAAAUGGGACCCUUAGGGGCGGGGGGGGUCAAACUUUAUUUUAAAAGGAAUUAAGGGAGAGUCAAGCCUUUUCUUCACAGUGGUUUGGGUAAAUGUGUUCAGUUACCACAUUGAUGUCAUUUUUUCGUAUUCUAAAGCUUCAUACCAGUCCUUCCUAUUGAACGGGAACUUGCAAUUACUGAAGUUCCUGUUAAACAGCAGUUUUAUUACAAUUCAUUCAUCAGAAUAAUUCACUUUUUCUUUCUUUCUCUUUUCUUCUUGUUCUGCUAUGGCACGUAACUGUCUCGGACGACCCGUGUUCUCAUUCGGCCGUUUCUUGACGUUGAUGUGACCACUGCAUGCAAUAUACAGGGCUGUCGCUAAUAUCGCUCUAAUCUCUCGAUGAUCUUGACGAUGUUUCAGAGUCUACAAUCCGUUCCUCUUCAUCAUUUUUUGAGCCCGAUGUUGAAGUUUCUUCACGAAGUGCAGUUUCUUUCUCCAUGCCUGAUAAGAUCCUGCUAGCGAUAUUUGCUUUAUAUAUGCCACUUUCUCUGCCUUCUUCAGAACAGCAAUGCGCACAAGUAUCGAAAGGGAUCGGAGAGGAAUUAAUUAUAAGGGAAAAUGGGAAGAGAGGGAGCAAGGGUGGCGCAGUGAUGAGAGCACUCGCCUCCCACCAAUGUUGCCCGGGUUCAAAUCCCUGCGUCGACGCCAUAUGUGGGUUGAGUUUGUUGUUGGUUCUCUCCUUUGCUCCGAGAGGUUUUUCUCCGGGGACUCCGGUGGUUUUCCCCACUCCUCAAAACCAACAUUUUCAAAUUCCAAUUCGAUCUGGAACGCACGGACACGUUUAAACGAGUUCAUGUGAAUUCUUUUUGCUUCCCUUCGUGGGUAAAAUAGGAAUUUACAAAUUUUUUUUACAAUUUACAAUUUUAGGGGGGUGGGUGAAAAAGACGAAAAUUGGACGCCUGAUAUAUAAGAACCACCUUUCCUUCGUUUUUGCGACCGCUGGUGGCUGUAAAUUUCCGUUUGGUUCAAGUUUUAGUUUUAGUUUUCCCCUCAUCGUAAUCACUUCCUCGUGCUCCCUUUUAGCACCCGGGUCACGUAGGCUACACUUUGUUAUAAAUUUCAGCCUCUUAAUUUGCAACAUCCUUGCCACUUUGUAUAUGUUAAAUUUUUAAUUAGUAAUAACCCUUUCCGCAAAUCGCAAUGUAUGAGGCUGUCACAUUUUUUAAUGAAUGUCUUCAAACUUGGUAAACCUGAAUAUUUUUACCGAUUUGUGUGACAGCUUCUUCUAUCAAAUUUGUGACAUCUAUUUAAUUUCAAAAACGUCUGAAUAGUUUAUUGCAAAGCAAGGAAUAAACUCGUUGUUUUUAACGUCAAUCCAGUCUAUACACUGGGUUUUAACUUUCGUACUUGUUCUGAAAGGACGAUACCUGGCGACCCUUAUUCUGAAAGAAGCUCGGGGGCAAGGCUAGUUCAAGAAAGAAAGCAUAAACAAAGGUACUAGUUAUUCAUCAGCAUGAUACAAACUAUCAUUAAAACCGAGAAAAUUUAACAUUUCUUAAUUUAAUGUUGAAUAGACUCGGAGAUUCUUUAUACUGACUCUUAAUGACUAGUCCUAAAUGACUACUAGGCUCGAUUAUUCCCUUCAGCAUUCUUAGUAAGAUACGGCGUAAUGUUUCUGCUGAUCUUGUGACAAAGAAAAAUAUAACGAAAGUUCACAAAGACACUUCAUUUAUUUAAGACCAAAAAGGCAAGAUAUUACUAGUUAAACAGGUGUUUGGUUGCCUUUUGUUAUUGAAUGAAUAAAGUAUUUAGUCCUUCAGACGAGAAAAAAGCCAGCAGGAGGAAAAGAAAGAGGCCUUAAUUUUCCGCCUUAUUUUCUUCACAGUUCGAACAGUACUAGUGUUACCGUAACUGCGACAGAGGAAGACUACUUUUCAUGUCAGAAAGGAAUUGGAAAUCUGAGUUUUGUUACUUCCCUCUGGCAACUCAGCGAAAGCGGAGUCUCAACGUUCUUUUGUCAUGAUCGUCAAAGAAGAAUUCCAGGACUCAGGAAAAUGGAGCAAAAGUGUAAUUAGUUUUCAGUGGUAUUAUUGAGGCGAAGCAAAAUUUCCCGAUUACUCACACAAGAGAAAAAUAAGUAACACACCGUGGAAGCAGAGAUAUGUUCAACGAUCCAUGUCACGAGAGAAAAAGAUUUCUCAAAGUAAGACACGGAUAAAAUAAACCAUUUUUAAAAUACGAAGAACAAUUUAAAAACUGACCUGAAGAAUUGAAGUGAAAAUACAUAUCGAAAAUAUAGAAUAUCAUGACUAUUAUGUAGAAAGCUAAGUGCGCUUACUGUAACAGUGUAAAACGUUCUGUGAAAGUCUUAUCUGGACGUCAAAAACUUUUUUAUCUGAAGAUGGCAUUCUCUGAUCCAAAACUUUGUGCGAGCACUCAUCAGUACAAAGGCCUUUCGUAUUUUACCGCAUCCCUUGCAAGCGUUUUCUGCCUUAUCACCGUUACUGGAAACGUCCUCGUUUGUUUAGCCAUUGUACGAGAUCCAUUUAAAAAUAUGAAAAAGCCUUUCCAUUACUUUUUGCUGAGCUUAUCCGGGACAGAUUUACUUGUGGGAUUAUUAGUAAACCCCACAGUAACAGCAUAUGUCAUAAGCGAGGCACGUGGUAUGGUAAAUAUCGUUGAUAUCUUAUGGACCCCGCAUAUAUUUUAUUUCAUUCUGGGUACGGCAUCAGUCUUAACUCUGGCAGCACUUACCGCGGAUAGGUAUGUCUCGGUAACAUCACCAAUCAAAUACAAGACGAAGGUUUCGUCUAAACACGCCAUCAUUACCUCAGUGUCGAUCUGGGUAGCCUCGUUAGGCUUGUCCUUCUUAUACUUUAAGCUCGGUUUUUUUCUGUACUCUUUUAUUUUUGUCAACACUGCUGUUUUUAGCACUAUUAUCAUUCUCCUGUUUGUUCAUAGAGCCACUCUCAAAAUCCUACGUGAGCGAUCAAAAUUUUGGCAAAACCAGAGAGCAAUUGAAAACACAGUAACAGCCAAACAGAAAUACACGAAAAACAUAAAAAAGAUAAAGAAAAAACGAAAAGUAACAAAGGCGUUAUCGAGUGUUCUUAUUGCUUUUCUUGUAUCCUUUGUACCUGCCUGUGUGAUAAUUUACCUGCUUAAUUUCUGUUUAAGCUGUGAUUGUCUGCUAGUACAUUGGUUAAGAGAUAUUCAGAUGUUAAUUGUGUCCUUAAAUUCUGCUGUCAACCCUUAUUUGUACGCCUGGCGACUUCCACAAUUCAGAAAAGCUUUUUUGAAACUCCUCCACCUACAAAAGGGGGCUCAGGUUCGAGUCAAUCCUGUACCCUUUACUAAAAAAAAAUCGAGUUGUUGAUACUUCAAUACUCAUGAUCAGCAGACCACUGAGAAAAAUGAGAAAACAACACUUUUGUUUUUGAUUUCGAUAUUUACACUUACGGUCCAAAUUUCGGUUUGGGUUGGAAUAUUAUGGCGAAAAAUAUUCUUCCUUUUUGCAAUUGCAGUAUUUCAAUUUAGCUAUGUCACUGGCUGUUUUAAGUAGCGCUUUUUUUCAGUAUUUCUUAGAUAGCAAACAAAUAUAGUUUCAAGGAUGUCAUUUGCUUUUUGAGCUCCACUGCGGUAUCACGAGACAUUACAGACCUUAAGAUAUACCGUUUCCGGGUACGGGUACGGGUAAAUUAGCCGUACACGUAGCCGUAAGCACGGGUAAACUGCAUCUUACCCGCAAGAAACGGGUAGUUUACCUGGUAGAAUGUUUACGCCAUUAUCACAUCUGGUAAAUAAUGGUUGCCUUUCAUAAAACUACGAGGUAAACAUCUUCGCUUACCCCUACCCGUAGGCUGAAAUGGUGUAUCUUAAGGUCACUAAUAAAGGUAUUUCCUUACGUUUAAAAUUCCCAAACCAAAUGUGUGUAGUAGUUUAAGUUAAUUUAACUAGAAAAAUCUAGUGAAUUUCUUGUUAGGUGGUUUCUUUUAUCUUAUUUUGUACAAUGGAUUGUUAGCGAUGUAAAGUUUAAACUGAGUAAUUGGAAAUUAAAGGUAUUAAUACAAAACAGAGCCGAUGCGAUGUGUACGCCAUUCCUUUCCCGGCAGUCCCCGGGGUCAGCUCUAUUUGUAAAGUAGUCAGCUGCCACGUUUGCAGCAGGGUGCGACCAGCUUGCCGUUUCCUCAAACACAUAUGGUGUAUUCAAUUCACGGCCAAAUGGAUGGUCCCCAAUGAUUUCAACAGAGAGCCCAUAAACAAGUGCAAUGUACAAAAUAGUAAUCAUGAGCUGUGCAGCUGGAGUGACAUCCAUAUUUAAAACUGGAAUGAUCAUGUCUGGAAGUUAUCCGUUUCGAAAAAUUUCACAAUUUCUUUUGAACAGGAAAACUGUAAGUUUUCGAGCUGUUUUUCCAAAACAUUUACAUUUAACAAAUAUUUAGAUGUACCUUUAAUAGAGACACCACUGCCAAUGAAAGAUAUCGUUGGUUUUCACAUGACGUCACUAAAAUUCAAACUAAAAAAAUAUCGAUCCUACCGG